CAAUAGUUUGCAUUAAAGGAAGUAAUAAUUUUUUAAUUUGAAAAGAACAAUCACUCUCGCAAUGGGCAAGUUUCGCUCGAAAUUAAAGCGCCAUGGCAAAGGAAAGACCUGGAGCAAAGGUCAAUCGGCCACAUCAAAUCCGGACCAAAUGAAGCAUCGCCUAAAAGCCAAGUCGCGUUUCUUUCAGACCAAUUUAAAUCUUGCCCCCGAGGCGCCAGCUACACCAAAUGCUCUGACUCUGGAGGCUGUGAUGAAGCAUGAACAGCGUCAGGCCUACAAUGCGGAGACUACGACGGUGAACGAUGUUGCCGGCAGCCUCAGAUCGUUCACAUUGAACGAUGCGGGCGGUGACGACAAUGACGAUGGUAUGUCCGGCACCCAGCAAGGCACCUUCAAGACUUUCCAGACAUUCGCGUCCAACUACAGCAGCUGCAGUAAUAUGAGUUUCAAGAAAUUGCUAAACGGCUUUCGCACCUCCUCGGAAUUGCACAAAGAGAUGUUGGCUAUAUUAAGCGCACUAACGGAGAUUAUACGCGAACGUGGUGGUAGUGAAUCCUCCACAGAAUAUUUCCUGUUGCUUAUGGAACAAAUUGAGGCUGCCAGUGAGGAGCGCGACAUUGUGGCGGGCGUGGCUCUGCUGUCCAUGGGUCUGAAAUCGGUGCCGGCGGCUGUGCUUCGAAAACGUUUUAGCCAAACGGCGAAGACGCUGCAUACGCUCCUACAGCGGUUUGUAGAGUCCAGCAAUCAGUCAGUCAUCAGAUAUUUGAUUGGAUGUAUGUCUGUGCUGCUGCGCGCCCAGGAUCACAAUACUUGGUCAUAUAGCUCGACAUUUCAAUAUUUCGAUGCCCUACUCUCAUUUACCAUUCACUCCAAGCCCAAAAUUAGAAAGGCCGCCCAACACGCUGUUAUUUCCAUCAUCCAUGGCAGUUGCUUUAUGCUGCCAACCGUCAACGAUGUGGAAGAUCAGAAUGCAACGUCUGCUGUGCCUUCCAAGAUCAAAUAUCAUCCAGCAGGCACUCGGCUCACGAAAUUCUGUUUGGCCAUGUUCAAGCCAGAGGUCCUAGCCAAUCAACAGACGACUGUGCUGCAUACGCUGGCGUUGCUGAAGGACACACUAGCAGGCCUGAGAACCGAAGACAUUCGCUCUGUGUGCGAGCAUUUGCUAUCCAUCAUGACGGCGGCAAAUGUCCUGGUGCGCUCAAAUUGUUUCCAGGCAUUGCACGCUCUUUUUCUGUCACGGACCGUCAACUUGAGCUCAACACUGUGUGCGAAAUUGCUGGCCGCCAUACACGAAUAUCGUCCCGAUCGCAGUGAUGUCCGCCAAACACUGGCCUGGAUUACUGUGCUCAAGGAGGGACACGUACACUUGGCCCAGCUUGAGCUGGAGCUCUGCGUGAACGCUUUGCCACGCCUCUUUGAGGUUUGUACCUCUGAUUUGUGGCUAUCGGACCGUAGCGAACUGGUUGUCGGCGUAUCGAAUUGCAUAAAGGAAUUGCUGCAGGAUUGUGUGGCCACUGCCUGUGCCACGCCAGAGUCGGCGCAGAAAUAUCGCCAGCCCAUUGGACGCAUCAUUUCACUGCUUCACAAGGUCCUGAAUGCGCCCUUUGGCGAAAUCACAAAAUACGUCAUACUCAUCUUCUCCAUUGUCUUUGAGGCGUGCGGUAAGCAAUUUGGAUCCGAGCUGUCUCCAUCAUUGGUCAGUAUUUCCAAGCGGUACGACAGCCAGAGCGCUUUGCGACUACAAAUCGAACACACACUGAUUAGUGCGAUCAAGGCCUUGGGUCCCGAAAUUGUGCUGCAAGCCAUUCCACUGACCGAAGGCAAUGGCAUUGUGAUGGAGCGUUCCUGGCUGCUACCUCUGCUACGUGAGGGAGCGAAUGGAGCGAGCUUUCUAUUUUUCAAGCAAAGCAUCCUUCCGCUGGCUGUGGAUUGCCAGACAAAAUGGCGCGAAUAUGCCAAUUCGAAAACCACAUCUUCGGCGCAUAUUUACGAGCUGUUGUGCUGCCAGCUUUGGGGUCUCUUUCCGGGCUUCUGUCGUCAGCCUAAAGAUCCCGAAAACUUGCGCCUAUUAGCGCCGACAAUUGGCGUGGCGCUUGAGAAGAAUCCCGAAUUUCGUGCACCCAUAUGUGAUGGGCUAUUGGAGCUAUUGGACGAUAGCCAAAGUGCUGAAUGUCAUGAGGCCAUUGGCAAGUAUGCGCGCAACUUUCUGCCGCGUCUCUUCAAUCUGUACACACAGAAACCGAACGGAACCCACGAAUCGGACUUGCGCAAGCGUAUCCUAGAUGUUAUACGACUUUAUGUAGCGCGCGCACCCGCCGAUGUCCAGGCGGAGCUCUUCGAGACGGCCCAAUCACAAUUGGCGGCCAGCAGUGUUGCGAGCUUCGAAUACGAUGCACUCUUUGACAUCAAUGCAGCAAUCGUGCGUGUCCAGAAGUGCCGGGGCAUUGAGGCCUACUACGAGGCGUACAUAGCUCCCGUGUUGCGCAACGAAAAAUCCAAGCUGGUGGCCAAGGAUGAGCAGAAACUGAAGAAACAGCAACGCAAGACCUAUGAACUGCUGCGCGAAUUGAUGACCUCCGAGCAGCCGUCGUGCCAGAAGUUUACGCGCAAGAACUCGAUUGGGUUACAGAAACUCCUCCUGGAGGCCUUUACCACCAGCUGCGGCGUUUGUCAGGCCUCGCGUUUGUAUUGUCUUAAGUCGCUGAUGGAGUGCCGCAGCAAUUUGGCGUAUAAUGAUCAAUUGGUGAUGAAGGCCAUACCGGAAGCGGUGCUUAACUAUAAGGAGUUCUCCACUCGCAAAGAAUCUGUGGCUGAGCAGCUCAUCAAGUUGAUUGCCAAUCUCUAUCAGGAGGCGAAGAAAAUCAAUGAUUUCGUUGAUAUUCUGACUGCGGGCUUCACUGGCGAUGAAUCGCUAAUAACUAACACAAUUCUCGCUUUUCGAGCGGUCCUCCAGCAACAGGGCCAACAUCUGACUGUGAACACUCUGGAGUUUGUGUUGCAACAGAUUUCUGUGUUUGUGGUGCAAAAGUCUCGCGGACAGGCCGAGGCUGCUAUCGCUUUCCUCAUCACAUUCAUUAAGGUGAUGCCCAUACCGCUGGUGGCCAAUCACCUGGAGACCAUUAUGCGUUCUUUGUCAGCGAUGACCAAGGAUACUAAACGCUAUUGUCGCAUCCAAAUCGGUUACUUCCUGAAGAAGUUGUGCAAACGCUUUAGCGCCGACGAAUUGGCGCGCUUUGUGCCCGGAGAUGAUGAUGUAACACACAGACGACUCAAGAAAAUACGCAAGCAAAUGCGACGCGAUACGCGCAAAAAGCAGAGCGAAGAGGCAGCUAGUGGGGACUCGUCGGAUGAAGAGCUUGUCGGAGGACUUGAGCAGAAAAGCUAUACAAUUGAUGACAUCUUGGCCGAUUCUGAUUCCGAUUUGCCUGACGAUUUGGAGGCUGAUGACGAUGAGCCGAAUGCGAGCAAGAAACGUGGCAAGCCAUCUAAAAAGACGCGCAGCACAUACAUUCGAGAGGAUGUUGACGAAAUUGUCGAUCUGGCCGAUCUCAAGUCCAUUGGCAACGUGCUCACCAGUGGCUCUGCGGCAACUGUAGCCAGCAGCAGUCUGAAGCAGUCCAAGGCCAAGGAUAAAGUGGCCAAUGGCGGCUUCAAGACUGCCGAAGAUGGACGUCUCAUCAUCGACGAGAAGGCCCUACGUGGCCGCAACGCUGGCGCAAACAGCGACUCGGACGCCGACAGUGGACACGAAAUGGACGACGGCAGUGAUGAGCCCGUGGACGCUAGCAAGGCCAAAUUGGGCAAACGCGGCAUGGAGGAGGACUCCAGUGACGAGGAAGAAGUGAAAGCCGCCAAUAGCCUAUCGGCCAACAAACGCAAGCGCCAAGCAACUGACGCAUUAAGCAUGCGCUCUGGCAAAACGAAUACGACGCGCUACACGACCGGCGGCAAGGGUAUACAUCGUACUAUCGGCGGAGAUGGAGAUGCCGUGUCUAUGAAAUCGGGUUAUACAUCGAAAUCGGCGACAUCCAAAGCCAUGGGUAGUGAGUACAGCAGCAAGAAAGCUAAGGGUGAUAUGAAGAAGCGUGGAAAGUUGGAUCCCUAUGCCUACAUACCUCUCAGUCGCAACAACCUGAACAAGCGCAAGCGUGCAAUGAACUCGAGGAAAUUCAAGAGUGUGGUGCGCGGCGCUGGCGGACAACCUUCUCAAACAGGGCGCGUUGGCAAGAGCUACAAAUAGAAUAGUGGAGUGUCGGGCAAUGAAGAUACGUGUAGAUACGAGAUGCGACAAAAAAUGGAUACGAUGGGCGGCAGACAGCGCCGUUUUUCGUUUAUAACUACAAUAUAAACAUAUAUAUAAAUAUAAAGCACGUUACUUUAUUAUGACAAUAAAAAACAGAAAAAUGCCAACAAAUGCCGUCGGAA